CCAGCUGAGCCGGGACCCUGCAUGGCCCCUGCCAGGGUUUUUUUUUGGAGGGGGGGACGGGGUCGUGGGGCCGAGCCCAGGCGGCAGUCGCGUGCCGUGGUCAGGAAGCAUGCCAACAACUUCUCACGCAACCCUGGCCAAUCGUUAACCUGAGGCUGGCCCCGGCCACGAGGUCCUGCCACCGUGGGGACAGCGGUACCCUGCUCGUCCCCCCCCCCAGUGUGGUGGAGCUGGGGAACAUCUGCCCUGGGCUCCGGGGCUGGCUCCAGGGGCUCGGCCCCCUCUGUUAAUGGGUAGCUGUCCCUUGGGUCCUCCUCGCCAUGACCCCGCAGAUAAGCACCCGGCCGCCUAUUUAAAGCCUUGAGUGGAGCAGGAGGCAGGAGGAGAGGAACCCAUCCGGGGGUUUGGGACCCCCUCUCCUCGCUCUGCUGGGACCCCAGCCCUCUGUGACCUGAGGACCUGCAGGUAGGAGAGGACAUGUGCGUGUGGGGCUCUGAGCACGGACGUCGAAGGUUUUAAAGCUGGGUGGGAGAAUUCAUGCUAUAGCUCUCCCUGGGCUGUUUGGGGUUCCCCGUGCUAAUCCUGCCUCUGCACCUCGCUUCCCAUUAUCUCCUUCUAGAUGGCAGCAGGGAUGGAGGCUGCGAUGGGGCUGGCGGGGAGCCCCGGCGGUGUCUCAGCCACCGAGGUCCUGCUGGCGGCCACCGUCUUCUGCCUGCUCCUGCUGCUCGCCCAGCCCCUGCGGCGCCGCGUGCCCAAGGGGCUGAAGCCCCCCCCGGGCCCCCGCGGCCUCCCCGUUGUGGGCAACGCGCUGGAGCUGAGGAAGGACCCGCACCUGGCCCUGACGCGGCUGAGCCAGAAGUACGGGGACGUGAUGGAGGUGGCCAUCGGCACCCAGCCCGUGCUGGUGCUGAGCGGGCUGGACACCCUGCGGCAGGCGCUGGUGAGGCAAGGGGAGGACUUCAUGGGGCGCCCCGACCUCCCCAGCUUCCGACACAUCACGGACGGGCAGAGCCUGGGCUUCAGCCCCGACGCAGGGGAUGUGUGGAAAGCGCGCCGCAGGCUGGCCCAGAACGCCCUGAAGACCUUCUCCAUUGCCGCCAGCCCCACGUCGUCCUCCAGCUGCCUCCUGGAGGAGCACGUCUCCAAGGAGGCCGCCUACCUGGUCACCAAGUUCCUGCAGCUGAUGGAGGAGGAGCAGAGCUUCGACCCGUACCGCUACCUGGUGGUCUCGGUGGCCAACGUCAUCUGCGCCAUGUGCUUCGGCAAGCGCUACGACCACAACGACCAGGAGCUGCUCAGCCUGGUCAACGUCAGCGAGCAGUUCGGGGACGUGGCGGCUGCUGGCAACCUCUCGGACUUCAUCCCGCUGCUCCGCUACCUGCCCAGCCGCAGCAUGGAUCUCUUUAAGGACAUCAACAAGCGGCUCAUCCAUUUCCUGCAGGCGAUUGUCAAGGAGCACUACGAGACGUAUGACAAGGACAACAUCCGAGACAUCACCGACUCCCUCAUCGAGCAGUGCCUGCAGAAGAAAGAAGCCAGCACCGCCGCGCGGAUCCCUAACAAGAAGAUUGUCAACCUGGUCAACGACCUCUUCGGAGCAGGCUUUGACACCGUGACAACCGCCCUGUCCUGGUGCCUCUUGUACCUGGUGACGUACCCCGACAUCCAGAAGAGGAUCCAGGCUGAACUGGAUCAGACCAUCGGCCGGGAGAGGAGACCGCGGCUGUUGGACCAAGGCACGCUGCCCUACACGGAAGCCUUCAUCCUGGAGAUGUUCAGGCACUCUUCCUUCCUGCCCUUCACCAUCCCACACAGCACGACCAGGGACACGGUGCUGAACGGCUACUACAUCCCAAAGGGCCGUUGCGUGUUCAUCAACCAGUGGCAGGUGAACCAUGAUGAGAAACUUUGGAAGAACCCACACGUUUUCAACCCGGAGCGUUUCCUCAAUGCCAAAGGGACUGAGGUGAACAAAGAGGAUGGGGAGAAGGUGCUGGUCUUCGGCCUGGGGAAGAGGAGGUGCAUUGGGGAGUUCAUCGCCAGGAGGCAGGUCUUCCUUUUCCUGACCACCUUGCUGCAGCAGCUGGAGUUCAGUGUCCGCGACGGCAGGAAGGUGGACAUGACGCCGCGCUACGGACUGGUCAUCAAGCAUAAGCGAUGCGAACACUUCCAGGUCAAGCAGCGCUUCCCCAUGGCGAGCUUGAGCUGAGCAGCAGGCUCAUCCCCAGCCGUGGGUGCCCUCGUACCAACCCCGGGGUGGCACAACCUUGCAGGUCCACCCAAUAAAAUGAAGCCAUUGAAGCAUCCCUUUUAUCUUGUUUGCCUUCUACCGUUUUCCUCCUUUUUUAUUGUCUGGUGUUUCUGCUGUUGGAUAUUCCAUCGCAUCUAGGCUUAGCACCACAAAGCUCAUCUUGGAGAUUUUGGGAAAACGUCUUGGAAAAACACUAAUACUUCUCCAAGUCCUCUAAACUUGUU